AGCACGACUGCCCCCGGCCCGCUCGCGGGGAAAUCUUGCCCAGCAUGGGAGACGACGAGGAGCGGCAGCCGCCGGGCGUGUACACGCUCAUCACGGAGGAGGGGGAGAAGAAGACCUCCAUAGAUUUUACAGGCAAGGCUACGGCCAACUAUGCCAACGGCGACAUCUAUGAAGGUCAGUUCGAGAAGGGCGUGCGGCAGGGGGCGGGCGUGUACACGUACCUGAAGGGCGAUGUCUUCACAGGGACCUUCGAGAACAACUUGAAGACGGGCCUUGGAAGAAUCACGUACAAGAAGGGGGGCUACUACCACGGGCACUUCAAAGAGGGCAAGCGCCAUGGUGAGGGCACCCUCCAGUACGCCAACGGGGACAUCUACUCCGGUCUUUGGCACGAGGGGAAGAAGCACGGCGCCGGCACGUACGUCUUCAGCAAGACCAAAUACGAGUACAAAGGCGAGUGGAAGGAUGGCCAGAUCCUGGCCGGCACCUGGACCUUGACGGAUGGGACCCAGUACACCGGCGGCUUCCAAAAUCAGAAGCCUUGUGGCGACGCCAUCUGGAAGACGAAGCAAGGCACCCUGGUGGAGGGGUCCUACGUGCAGCAGGUGGUGCCGCUGGAUUCGGCGCCCCCGGCCAAGAACGGGGAGCCGCCGGCGGUGGUGACCAGAUGCUUCUGGCACACCGCGGCCCUGGUGGAGAGUUGAGAUCCCUGGAAGGCGCGCAGGCGCCGCGUCUCGCGUCACACGCGUCUCCGCGAGAGUUUUUCUCGUCGUUUCACCCGCGGGACUGGCAGACGUCCUCUUGCCCCGCGCAAGGCGGAUGGAAAGAGAAAGGUG